CGAGUGCGAAAGUAGCGUGGCCCUCCAUGGACAAAACUUAUUUAAGUAAAAUGCGCAAAUAAAAUUUCUUUGAUAUUCAAAUAUUUAAUAGUGAGUGCUCGAUUUUUCAACUGGCCUAUGAUUGGAAUCCAAUUAAUAUUCGUAGAAUGUGCGUGUGUACUUUAAAAAGACGUCUACGAGUUAUAUUCGCUGUUGCUGUUCUCCAUGUGCUAUGCCUAAAAGCACACUACAGCAAUGCAGCUGACUUAUCGAAUCGAAGCUUGGCUUACGCCAAAGCACAAGCAAUAAAGAAAACGGGUGGCAGCCCAGCUACAAGCUCUUACUUUCAACGCGAUCCAUUUGGCCCAAACACCUAUGCUUUUGGCUUUGAAGUGAAUGACAACCGCACGGGAAAUGUACAAUUCCGCGAUGAAAGACGCUACGUAAAUGGCACCGUGGAAGGCUCCUUCGGACAUGUGCGACCAGAUGGCCGCGUUAUUGUCACCCACUUUCUGUCGGACAGUGAGCGAGGCUUUCUGCAUGACACACGCACCUUUGAGGCAGCUGAUCACCGGAAAUGGCAAACUCAUUGGCCAACCAAACGACCAAGUAUACAUACGCAACAUCCUCCGGAUAUGCCAACGGGAGAUGUAGUUUACGAUAAAGAUCUGCAUUUGAAUGUGACGAAUAGUAAAACGCCCGAAAAGACAGCAAACGCAAUCAAAGAUCAGCAUGGCAUAGAUGUGAAUGCGACUGGAAGUGCGACCGGAGAUAUUAUGCAUACCGCCGUACAAGAUAUUAUCGACGGCAAGGUACCACUGCAUACAGUACCAGGCAAAACAGAAUCUCAUGUCGGUUUUGAGACGGUUAAUGAUUUUCUGCCCACCGACUUCCCUAUUGUUCCUUUCCAAUUGCCGCCAAUGUUGGACCAUACAACUGAAAAAUCGGAGGUCAAAGCUUCGCAGGACAAGUAUAAUAAGGCAAAAGCAAAUAAUGCGGAAAAAGCUAUGAAUACAGAAAUGCUCAAAAGUAGCGUUAAAGUGGCAAAUGGUACCCAGGCGUCGAAAUCCAAUGCUGCUGUUGUGAAAAUUAAAUCGGAAAACGUGAAGCCAUUACCGUUAACGGAAGUUACAAAAGAUGCAGCAAAUGGCAAUGAUGCGUGGUAUCAGCAACUGAUCGACGAGACAAGAAAUCAGUUUUUGAAUAAUUUCGAUUGAAUUAAUUAGGA